UUCCAAUAAUUCUGCUAAAUGUUCCAAAGCAACUUGGAAUGUUCUUACUAGCUAAGUUAAUUAACUGCUUAAAAAUUUAGCAGCCACAAUAACUUGCACUUCGUUAAAUAUCACAAGCAAAACUUUGGGAUGUGGGCAUGAAGUGCACAUUUGUAAUAUUGAUCUAAGACAGAAUAAUUCUAUAAAUGUUCUGGAACACUGACUGCAGCUGUUCUUGGCCAAUAUAGUGAUAUACUGAAACAUCAGUAACUAUUUGAGAACAACCCAGGCACAUAACCUACAGCACUUAAAGCCAUCAGAAAAACAUUUUACUAGUUCUGCCCACGUCAUUCAACCAACAGCCCAGAUACAUAUAAAUUGAUGCCGGAUCUCAGCAUGAACCUCUGUUGGCUCUUUACUUCUUUCCUGCUCAGAUUGCUACCAGGUGUUUUAUCUACAAAAUGAAGGUGGUACUAGUAGGGCUGCUUUUUCUCUGUGUCAUGGCCAUACCUUCUGAAGCAACAACUAUUAAACUCUGCGGGAGAGAAUUGAUCCGAGCUGUUACCUUUGCUUGUGGAGGAUCACGGUGGAGAAGACAACUUGGUGAUCCUUUCUCAGAAGGGCUCAGAGAUGCCAAUGGAAAUUACAUGGAGAAGUCAAAAUCCCAAAGCAACGAAUUAAUCCAGUACUACAUGGAGUCCGAGAAAGAUUUGCAAGACAAGCAACAGAAGUCUGUACAAAAAAGAAAUGAGGAUUUCGUACAGCUUACAAUCACUUGUUGUGCUAUUGGAUGCAGUGCAAAUACUAUAAAUUCGCUGUGCUAAAAAUAUUAAAAUCCAGCCAUGGAAACUUAUCUAAAUAAGACACAUCUUGUCGAGAAUAUAGUGUUUCAAAUCUUUUCUGUUACUCUUUGUAUUUAUGUUUCUCUUUGUAUUGCAGAUGCUCCUAGCUGCUAUUCUGUUUAGGAUGUUACACAAAUUAGAAACAUUUUUGCCAUAUUUGUGUAUCAGCCUCUGAAGUUAGCUGCUUUGUUUCCUAAUUUUUGAAAUAAAUGUGUAAUUCGUUUCCCUAGACUGUUCUUGUCAAUGCAUAAAAAUAGUAUUGGGCUUGCAAAUUAAAAAAAUCUCUGAACAUGUUUCACUUUCUUAGGGAGUUAAAUGUUGAAUGAAUGACUAGAGCUCAGUGGUUCAGCAAAUCCAUGAUAAAGCUAAUAGAAAUCCUGACUGAAAUCCUGGAAUGACAGCCAGAAGAGACAAUAUUGAUGUAGACAUUUCAAUGUUUAUUCUUCUAAUUACUUUUUGCCAGGACUGAUCUCAAAAUAAAGAUGCUUCUGAGGUUUUUGCAAGGAAACCUGCAAAUAAUGAUGAUCAAUGUUUGGUGAAAAGGAGGGGACUAUUUGGGGGAAAGAG